UGAAGCCGACGUCCGACAGUUUUGGUAAACAAAAAUCAGCUGUUUUGAUGCUUGCUUCAAAAAUAAUUCGUGGAGUGCAGAUUGAUUUUCUACCGUAAUUAAAUAUACAAAAAUUUUAACGAUGAGACUUCCACUACAAGACUAUUUCCGUUUGCGUAAACUGAAAAGCAACGGCCAACAUUAUGUGUGCAUCAAUUGUGGGUGUCCCGUGCCGGAAUUGUACAGGCGAAUCAGUAGUACUGUACUGAAGAUAACCGACUGCGAAAAGUGCAAGACACCAGCGGACAAGUAUAUCGAGUUCGAAGCGCUGAUAAUUCUUAUUGAUCUGGUCCUGCUCAGCAAAUCAGCCUAUCGACACAUCCUUUACAACUCAAACUGUAAGAACCUGUGGAAGAUUGGCAUUAUACUGAUACUGCUGGAGGCAUACUGCCUGUGGACAGAAACUUUCAGUAAGUUCACCAAUGUAUGCUACCGAUCGGACCAUCCGGAUCCAUUCCUGGCCGAGAAGGGUUUUUACUUGUCAUCCUUACAUAUUCUGAUCGGAACAAUCCUUCUAUACACCUUCGUUUACCUACUGACGAGGAUUAUGCUGCAUUGUGCCAACAUCGGAUCGGAUACUGGCAAAGCCUACCCAUUAGUGCUGCUGCAGGGCACGAUCCUGGCCAGCAUCGCCAAAUUCUUUUUCAUUCCGAUCAUCAUCUGGAAGCAACACACGACCGACUCGGCGAUGGCCAUCCACAUCUCGCUGGUGGUGGCCUAUUUUGUGAUCUCCCUCAUCCAGAUACACUCCGUGGUUAGCCAAUGUUCCUGGACCAAAUCGGCUGUCAUCGUACUUUUAGCAUUCGUAGUCAAAACCUACUUCCUAACUGAAAUCAGUUUAUUUUUAAAUGCAUUGAUGUAAAAUUAUACAUAUUCUAUCAAGUACUAUGAA